UUGAUCUACACAACUUCGAUUUUGUGCACAUAAUACAAUUUAAUACGAACGUCUACUUCCACAGGAGGCAGUUAAGGCAUGGUCAGGAAGGCGUGGAAGUGGGUUCCGACGUGGAAAUCAAGUGGGCAGCUCAUCUUUUGCAAAUAUCCACCACUGGGCUGCAAAGGGCCUUGACUUCAAGGAUAACAGAAGCUAGAGCUGAACGUGUGCACUCGCCGUUAAGCAUAGAUCAAGCGUUAGAUGCUAGAGAUGCCUUCGCCAAGGCCCUGUACUCAGCGCUGUUCAAUUGGUUGGUAACGAGGGUCAACUCGAUAGUCCAAAGGGGAGGACUUCACGAAGCCGGGAGGAUAUCCCUACUGGACAUUUUUGGUUUUGAGAACUUCACCGAGAACUCUUUCGAACAGCUCUGCAUCAAUUUCGCGUCGGAAUCGUUACAACUAUACUUUAACAAACAUGUAUUCAAGUUAGAACAACAAGAAUACGCCAAAGAGAGACUGGAAUGGACCCAACUCACCUGGAGUGACAACACCCCAGUCAUCCACCUGUUAGGAAAGAAGCCCGUGGGUAUCCUCCACCUUCUCGACGACGAGAGCAACUUCCCCAAAGCCUCGGACUCGUCGUUCCUAGAAAAAUGCCACUACAACCACGCAUUGAACGAGAACUACUGCAGGCCUAGGGUCGGGGGAAGAGAAUUUGGAAUCCGACAUUUCGCCGGUCAGGUCUGGUACUCGGUCGACGGUUUCCUUGACAAGAACAGGGACGCCUUAAGACCGGACGUCGUAGAGCUGAUAGCUUCCAGUAAAAACGCCUUGGUGAGCGCCAUCGCCAAGCCCCUGUUGCACCAUACCCAGACCAGGACCCUGCCCAGGGGCACCAAUGGCAGGUUCGUGACCAUGAAGCCCAGGACACCCACAGUCGCCGCGAGAUUCAGCGACAGCUUGCACCAACUGUUGGAGUCGAUGUCUCGUUGCAAUCCGUGGUUUAUCAGGUGUGUCAAGCCCAAUAACGACAAGGCGCCGAUGAGGUUCGACAUGCCCGUGGUUAUGGAACAAUUGAGGUACGCGGGAAUGUUGGAUACCAUCAGGAUCAGGCAGUCCGGGUAUCCUGUCAGGAUGAAGUUCCACCAGUUCGUCGACAGAUACAG